AUGGCGUCGCAAGCUCAAUCCCCCACGCUAGUCUUCAACUACGACAUCUCAUGCCCGUUUGCCUACAUAGCUUCAACCCGCGUGCAAGCCCUCGCCCAGCGCACAAAUGCAACACUCAUCUACCGCCCCGUCCUGCUCGGCGCCAUCUACCGCGCAACGGCUGCCCCGCAGGGUGCAGCGGGCAGCGCCAGCGACGUCUUCAACGCAGCCAAAAAGAACGUUACAUCCCACGCCAUGCAGCGCACGCUGGACCGCUACCACAUCUCGUACUCGCCGCCGCCACAGCAUCCCCGCAAGACAGUCAAUGCCCUGCGCAUGCUGUACAGCGUCGCCGACCAGGCCACCCGCAAAGCACUAACUCACAACUUGUUCCGCGCGUACUGGGUCCAGGGCAGAGACGUAAACGACAACGCGGUGCUCCUGCAGAUUGCACGUGAAAGCGGCAUCACCGACCUCGAUGCAUCGUGCUUUGACUCUGUUGACGCUAGAAAAGAGCUGGAGACGGCCACGGCAGAGGCGAUUGAACGCGGUGCGUUUGGCGUGCCUGGGUUCUGGAUUCCGGGGGCUCCUACGGGGCCACAGGGCGAGCAAACGGGGCGCUUCUUUUGGGGCCAGGAUCGCAUGCAUUUCGUCGAGGCGACGUUACUCAGUCUCUCAUCGUCAUCUUCUUCGUCUUCUACUACAGCAGCAGCAGCAGACCCAUGGACCCGCGUGCCCAAUCUGCGUUCUCUACUUCCGCGCUGCAUACCCACCAACACACUGUCCCCCUCCAGCCGCGCCGUCAAACUCGAAUUCUGGUUUGACUUUUCGUCGCCGUGGGCAUAUGUCGGCUACACGCAGCUGGCACGCUUACAACGCACGUUUGGGGCUGCGCUGGAAAUCGUGCUGAAGCCCCUGCUGGUCGGCGUCUUGUUCCGCGAGAUUGGCGCGCCCAAUAUGCCGCUGCUGGCGGUGAGUGCGGCCAAAGCGGCGUGGACAAGUCAGGAUAUUGUGGAUUGGACCCGCUGGUGGAAUGCGGUGAAUGUGCAGGAGGGGGGCAGGGAUGGCAAGUUUGGGUUUUACUGGGCGGAUGUGUUUCCGAUUCGGUCGCCGACGUUAUUGAGAGUUGGGCUUGUGGAGCCGAGGGUGACGAAGGUUUUGUAUUCGGCAUGUUGGGAGCAGAACAAAAACAUGUCCGACGAAUCUGUUCUCCAGUCCGUCCUGGAUGAAGCGGGAUACAACGGUGCUGAUCUCAUUGCGCGUGCAAAAGCCCCUCCUAUCAAAGAGAAACUGCGGGAGCUUACGGCUGAGGCAAAGGCCCUGGGCCUUUGCGGUGUGCCCACAUACCGUGUGUUGAAGCAGAAGCAGGAAGGGGGAGAGUAUGAGCAAGUCGGUGGAUUGGUGUGGGGACAGGAUGAGAUCAAUGUGGUUGAGGACUUGAUUGCUGGUUGGGAGCCUGGCAAGACUGGGGGUCCGAUCGCUCAAGUAGGAAAGGUCAAGUAUGAGGAUGGAAAAGGAGUGAAGGGUAUUGACUCCAAAUUGUGAUUGUAAAU